CGGUUCUGCAAAUUCAUCUGCGCUCUGCAUGAAUAUCUAGUGUUGAAACUUAAGGACAGGAUAACAAGGACACAUUUCUUUGUUGUGUUUGUGUUUUCAAGUCUGUACGUUUUUGAGAGAGAGUUUUUCAAGAGAUUAUUCCUCUGCUAUAUUAUACGGAGAAACAACAAGUCUUGUGGCUGUAUUCGACAAACCAAAACAAUGGCUUUUAUGUUAAAGCACAUGAUAGGGGGGCAACUGAAGGACCUUACCGGGGGUCUUGGAGAAGAAAAACCUGAAGGAGAGAAGUCUGAUGCAGGGGCCAAAGGGAUGACACCAGAAGAGUUUGAGCAAUAUCAACAACAGCUGGCAGAGGAGAAGAUGGAGCGAGAUGCCAGCGUUGCCCAGAAGAAAGCCGAACGGGCCACAGUUAGGAGCCAUUUCAGGGAAAAAUAUCGUCUUCCAAAAAGUGAGUUGGACGACACACAGAUUCAGGCAGCGGGAGAUGAUGUGGAGCUGCCCACCGAGCUCGCCAAGAUGAUCGCCGAAGACAACCAGGAGGAAGAAAGCAAGCAGUCUGUUCUGGGUCAGCUGACCAACAUUCAAAAUAUAGAUAUUGAUCAGAUUAAAGAAAAGGCUCAGAGUACCCUUGAAGACCUCAAACAGUCUGCUGAAAAAUGUGAGGUUAUGUAGCCUAGGUCUAUAUACUUUUAACAAGCACAUGAGGGUUCACCUGCUGAUUCCAGAUCAGAUGGCUUUGAUGAUUUUAGCCACUAUUUAAAGGAGGCUAUAAAUGAAUCGGAUCUUGAAACAGCACAUCUGCAAAUAAUGUGUAUGCAGGCUAUGCUUUGACAAAAUGGUAAAUGAAGGCAAUAAUAAAAGGUUAAUAACUUUCCAGUGCUUGGAAUAUAUACCAACAUGUAUUUAUAUAUAAUAUUACAAACCAGUCUGGACUGUUACUUUAAGUUGCUAAAUAAAUACUGAAAUAUG